CUGCUUUAUUGGUAUUCAUUGUCUAAGGGCUCUUUAGAAGACACCGGGCUUUAGAAAACAACAGCAGGUCGAAAAGGAAGAAGAAGAGGAAGAGGAGCUAGAGAGCAAAAGAUGUCGUGGCAAGCCUACGUAGAUGACCAUCUUCUGUGCGAAAUUGACGGCAACCAUCUCUCUGCUGCCGCCAUCCUCGGCCACGACGGCAGCGUUUGGGCUCAGAGCCCCACUUUCCCUCAGUUGAAGCCUGAAGAAAUUACUGGCAUCAUGAAUGAUUUCAAUGAACCUGGUUCACUUGCUCCAACGGGUUUAUACCUUGGUGGCACCAAAUAUAUGGUGAUCCAAGGUGAGGCUGGUGCUGUCAUUCGAGGGAAGAAGGGAGCUGGAGGUGCUACUAUCAAAAAGACAAAUAUGUCUUUAAUUGUUGGUAUCUACGAUGAGCCUAUGACUGGUGGGCAGUGCAACAUGAUUGUCGAAAGGCUUGGUGAUUAUCUCGUCGACCAGGGUUUUUAGAUGCUUCGAAUGUCCUGUCUUUAAUUGCAGUUCCCUUGGCUUCUACACAAACUCAUACCUGCCAAACUUCAGUCUAUAAUGAAUGGUUUUAAAAGUAAUAGGGAACUGUGUGGAAAGAGUGUGGGUGCUUGUCAGUGUGAUGGAUAUGGUAUCUUUGUCAUUUUUUUCUCUCUUUUGGUGUAUGCUAUUCUGGAUUUCUGAUUAUUGCUUGAGUGAGUUACUUGCCUACAUUACACUGAUUUCAUCUGCUGUGUAAUUUGAUUUCAUAAAUUUGUGAGGAAGUUGUUGCUAUUUUAGAUUUCUUAA